AUGGCAGAGUGGUUUAAUGCGUCUGACUUGAAAUCAGAAAAAUUUAAAAUUUCGUGGGUUCAAAUCCCAUUUUCUCCUUAUUAUAUAAAUAAAAUAAUUAAUAUAAAAUUUUAUUUAUUAAAAAUAAUGAUUAAUAUUAAUAAAAAAUGAUUAUUUACAAAAAAAAAUAAUAAAAAAUAUAAAAAACAACAAUUUAUAAAAGCUUUAAAAUUUUCUUAUAUAACUAAAAAAAAAAAUUUAAAUUAUAUAAAAUAUAAUAAUAUUAAUUUUAAUUGGUUAUUAAAAAAAUAUAUAAAUUAA